CCUCCCUCCUCGCGCCCAGGAGGGGCCGGUGGGCAGGAGAGCGCCUCAAAGCUCGGCCGGGAGGGCUGGGAGGAACAGCAGCCUUGCCUCGCUUCCUUUUCCCUCUUGCAUAUCCUCCUCCUCCUCCGUCUCCUAAGCUCCCUGCUUCUAAGGGACGAUGCUCUGGCUCUUCCUCCGCAGCUUCCGAGCGCUGCUGCCUUCCUCCUCCUCUUCCUCCUCCUCCUCGGGACUGACUCUCGCCGCCUGGCUCGUGCUCCUGCCCAUGCCGUUGGCGUCCUCCAUCCUGACAGGCUCUGUCGCAAAAUGUGAAAACGAGGGAGAGAUUCUGCAGAUCCCCUUUAUUACAGACAAUCCUUGCAUAAUGUGCAUUUGCCUGAACAAGGAAGUGACAUGCAAACGAGAGAAGUGUCCCCUACUUUCAAAGGACUGUGCUCUGGUCGUUAAACAGAGGGGAGCAUGCUGCGAGCGAUGCAAAGGAUGCACUUUUGAAGGGAAUUCAUACAAUAGUUCAGAGUCAUGGUAUGUUCCAAGCAAGCAAUGUAUCAAGCACCAGUGUCAGGAAGGAGUGAUCACAGAAUCUGAGAUUCAAUGCAUUGUUCAUUGCAAAAACCCUUCUAAACAGCUAGGAAUGUGCUGCCCCACAUGUCCAGGUUGUACAUUUGAAGGUAGACAGUACCAAGAAGGUGAGGAAUUUCAGCCUGAAGGGAACAAAUGCAUCACGUGUGCUUGUAUUGGGGGCAGGACACAGUGCAUACAAGAAGCAUGUCCCGUUCUUUCAUGUCCUCAGCAUCUUAGUCACACUCCUACUGGACAGUGUUGUCCAAAAUGUUUGGGACAGAGGAAAGUGUUUGAUCUCCCAUUUGGAAGCUGUCUCUUUCACAGUGAUGUUUAUGACAACGGAGCCUCCUUUGCAUAUGACAAUUGUACAAAAUGUACAUGCAGGGAUUCUACUGUUGUGUGUAAGAAGAAAUGCUUACCACCUGGAGAUUGCAUCAGAACCAAUGAACAAUGCUGCAAGGAAUGCGUCUCUUACAUGUCUCCUGAAGAAACAAAAGUGUGCAAAUUUGGCAACAAGAUCUUCCGGGAUGGAGAGAUGUGGUCCUCGGUUAACUGCACCAUCUGUGCUUGUGUGAAAGGCAAGACUGAAUGUCGCAAGAAGCACUGCAUUCCAGUCAGCAGCUGCCCUCAUGGAAAGAUCCUUAACCGAAAAGGAUGCUGUCCCAUUUGCACUGAAAAGCCUGGUGUUUGCACUGUAUUUGGAGACCCCCACUACAACACUUUUGAUGGACGGACAUUUAACUUUCAGGGAACAUGUCAAUAUGUUUUGACAAAAGACUGCUCCUCCUCUACCUCACCCUUUCAGGUGCUGGUGAAAAACGAUGCUCGAAGGACUCGCUCUUUUUCUUGGACAAAAUCUGUAGACCUUGUGCUGGGCAGCAGCACCAUCAGUCUUCAUCAGCACCUAACUGUCAAGUGGAAUGGAACACGGAUAUCUCUGCCAUACGAAACAGAACAUUUUCACAUCGACUUGGAAGGCUAUUUGUUGAAAGUGACAACAAAAGCAGGACUAGAGAUCUCUUGGGAUGGAGACAGUUUUGUUGAAGUCAUGGCUGCACCACAUCUUAAGGGCCGGCUUUGUGGCCUUUGUGGGAACUACAAUGGGCACAAAAGAGAUGAUCUGAUUGGAGGCGAUGGGAACUUUAAGUUUGAUGUGGAUGAUUUUGCGGAAUCCUGGCGUGUGGAGUCAAAUGAAUUUUGUGCUCGCCCUCCAAGGAAACAAUUUCCAGAACUGUGCCAAGGAACAGUGAGGGUAAAACUUCGUGCCCAUCGGGAAUGCCAGAAACUCAAAGCAUGGGAUUUUCAGAGUUGCCACUCCACGGUGGAUUAUACUGUGUUUUAUCGGUCCUGUGUGACAGACAUGUGUGAGUGCCCAGUUCAUAAGAACUGCUACUGUGAAUCCUUCUUAGCCUAUGCUCGAGCCUGCCAGAGGGAAGGUCUGAAAAUCCACUGGAAACCUGAACAGAAUUGUGCUGCAACUCAGUGCAAACACGGUGCAGUUUAUGACACCUGUGGUCCUGGAUGCGUGAAGACCUGCGACAACUGGAAUGAAAUUGGCCCCUGCAGUAAGCCAUGUGUUGCAGGGUGCCACUGUCCUGCAAACUUAGUCCACCACAAAGGAAGAUGCAUCAAGCCCAUCCUGUGUCCACAGCGGUGACAUUAGGUUUUAGCACCAAAGACUUGGAAACUGGUGUCUUUCGUAUCUUUUGAAGCUCACAGCCAAUGAAGGACUGCAGUGUUGGCAGAUUUUGUAAAGUGCUCUCACAAAGAGUGAAGCAAAAGUGUGCCCAUAUAUUUAUAUGUGUAUAUGGAAAAAUAUUAUCAGUUCAGGCAAAGUAUGUGUGUAUUCAUACAAAAUGGGCUUGUGUCUUGAUGUCAGGAAAAAAAAUGGAGUACUGCGCCAAAGAAUUCCUCAACCAGGUAGCUAGUCUGGGAGUUAUAAUCCAAAGAAUAUGUGUUUCCCAAAUUGUUGCUUGUUUGCAAUGUGUUCUUGUGUGCAGAGGGAACAGACGGAAAGAAUUCAAUGACCAAAAACCUGUAAUCAAAACCAUAAAUUCUCGGGUUAUGCGUCAUAGUAUCACAUAUCAUCCAUGACAGUAAGGGACCAUCCUUUACUUUUCUGAACUGGGUUAAGCCCUUUCACACCACAUCCUCAGUGAGGUCACUGAUCAAGGUAGCAUCAAAGUUCAUCAACAUGUGUGUGCACACAUAUGCAUAUACGUAAGUAUACAUAUAGACACAUGUAUGAAUGUAAGCAUUGUUCAUAUAAACCAUAGAAGGAUGAAUUAUCAUAUGUAUAUUUUUGGGAUAAAGUUUAUGUAUGAAUACUUC